GUUGGUGUCUUGUAAAAUCUAUGAUAAAAUUCUUGGUGGUGAAUUGAAUGGCCGACAGGCCGAAUAAAUUAAUUAUAGGAUAAUUGUUUUCAAAAUAUCCUGUUUAAACAAUUGAAAUUUAUUUAAAAGAUAUGGCGGUAAAUGUUUAUUCCACGAACGUUACGUCAGAGAAUCUAUCCCGCCAUGAUAUGCUGGCAUGGGUGAACGAAUGUUUGCAGAGUAGUUUUGCAAAAAUUGAAGAAUUAUGUACAGGGGCCGCAUAUUGCCAGUUUAUGGACAUGCUUUUUCCUGGAUCUGUCCAAUUAAAGAGAGUUAAAUUUAGAACCAAUUUGGAACAUGAGUACAUACAAAAUUUCAAGAUUCUUCAAGCUAGUUUUAAGAAAAUGUCAGUAGAUAAGAUCGUCCCCAUAGAUAGACUGGUGAAAGGUAGAUUCCAAGACAAUUUUGAGUUCCUACAGUGGUUCAAGAAGUUUUUUGAUGCCAAUUACAAAGGAACGGACUACGAUGCGUUGGGGGCGCGUGCCGGAGAACAAUUGGGGCAAGGAGGAUCUAACGCCCCUAGAGGUCAAUCUUUGAUGUUACGUCGGCCGAACGCGACGCCCUCUGCGCACGUACUCCAACCACAACAGACUUCGCCGACUAAGCCGAAGCCUGCCAUUAGGGCUAUGCCCAAAGUAAAUGCCGUUAAGCCAACUGCUGCAAAACCAAUUUCUAACAGACCUCAAGCUGGCGAUGCAGGUAAAAUAGAUGAGCUAGCGAACCAAGUGGCCGAAUUCAAGUUGACCGUUGAUGGACUUGAAAAAGAGAGAGACUUUUAUUUCGGGAAACUCCGUGACAUUGAAGUGAUGUGUCAAGAGUGUGAAGAUGGAAAUCCUAUUAUUCAAAAAAUAUUGGACGUACUUUAUGCUACGGAAGAGGGAUUUGCACCUCCAGACGAGGUUGAAGGUGUAGGAGAUGAAGAUGAAUAUUAAACGAUUAUCGCCUUGCAGAAUUCGCCUUAAGUUAUUAAAUUAAGAAAAAACGAAAAUCAAGUUUGUAACUAAAGCAACAUUGAUUUUAUUUGUAAAUCAGUUAAGUUUAUGUAACAAAUAGUUUUAUAAGUGUUGCUUGCAUUUGUGUGUCAUGAUGGUAUUAAAAAACGUGAUUUGAUUAUAUAAAAACCCAUUAUAUGUUUUACGAACUUUAUUUUUGCAAGCUUUUUUUAAGCAAUUUCUAGCAUAAUUCUUGUAACCAGUAAAUCAUUCUGCGAAUUACCUGAAACACGUCGAAUGCGCUAUCUUAUAUAUUUCUGACAUACAAGUCUGUUUUUCAAUGUUUUUUUUCUCUCUCUCUCUCUCUCUCUCUCUCUCUCUCUUCUCAAAUUUGCUCAUUUUAGAACAGUAUGCUGUAUAAUUUACUGAGAAAUGGAAUUUUAAAACAAGUGUAUUAUAUUUUUAUAUAUUGGAGACCUAACCCGUAAUUGUAAUUAUGGAUUAUAACAUAUCUAAAAUAUAGAUCUGAGCUAAGUAUAGCGAGCAACAUAUUAGAAAGGUAUUGCAUUGGGAAACCAUUAAAAGCAGUUUAUACUUAUUUGUGAUUCUAUUUUUUAUUCUAUUUGUUUCUUAUUAAAAUUAAACUGUCUACUUUAAAAAAUAGUUUUUAUAUAUAAAUCCAACAUUUACGUGAAAUACAGUUCCUAGCUUGCAGUACAAUUCGCCUUAAUGAAUAAUGAACGUCUUUUAUGCGUAUCCUAUUAGCUGACUAUACCAGCUUUUACGCGCUGGAAUGCAUAAACCCGAACGACAGUAUAUUGCUUAAAAAAAAUCAAUAGGUUCACUCUCACGUCGAUCCUUUGUUCUGUAUGUUCCAUUUUCUUGACGGCGAAUACUUUUCUAAAUUUAGCGUUUACAAAGCCCAUGACAAUUUAUUGAUAGUUUUGAUGGCUACAUUGCCAAACGGUCACUAAGCUUGUAGCGCCUAACAGCUCAACGUACAACAAAGUUUUUUGUGUUAACGUAUUCGUUACCCCCUCCCCUUUCCGACGAUACCUCACACGUCACGAUCUGACCAAUAACAACGGAGAUCACAAUCCCUUUUCUAGUAGUGUAGAUGGUUUUGGUGUUUAGAAGGUUAAUAGUUCUAAUGAUCUUGUAACUGUUAACAUCAAAACAAUCUUCACUACUCAUUCCAAGUUGUCCAAUCUUGUCAGAUCCGUAAAAGACCAAAUCCCAAUGAAGACUGGGGGCUGACAAUAUUGAGAGUAUAAAAGCAGUUAUACGGGUAAGACCGGUCGCCACUCACACUGAGGAGUAGGCAGAUUGAAACCUCAUUAUCGUUUAACGGUUCUCAUAUUUCUGGAGAACAAGAUACUUAUACGUCACGAGUGAGGCGAGUAGGCAAAUUGAGACCCCGAACUUGAACGGAAACAUAUCCCUCUUAAUAAUGGCUUCAAAAUAGGUGACAAACGUCGAGUUUUAAAUUCUCAAAGCAGUUCUUCCCGAUAACUUAUAUUCCUGCUUUCCUAAUUAUUUUACACCAAAAGUCAUGGGAAACUAUUUGUAAGGACUGAAAUCUGUAUCGAUUAUAAAUGUUAUAUAUAAUAAAUUGUACGAAUUAAACGUAUUUCAAAAAUAUAAUAUAUUGUUCAGGCCACAUUUCUUUUUCGUCUUAUUGAUGUUUCUGAUAUUUGACAAUUUUUAAAUUGCCAAUAUUUUAUUUUGUUAUUUAUUGUUUAUAAAACAAAGUUGAUUAAAAAAUGUACUCAGUUGAGUAGC